AUGAUUAAUAAUGAAAAACGAACAUCAACUGCUAAACGUGUUAAUCAAUUAUAUUUUUUUUCAAUUAGAUAUAUACUCAAUAUGGAUGAUAUUACAUAUCUUUUAUCUUUAUGUGAAUACGGUGAUCUACAUUUACGUGGUGCAUGUGCAAAUUUACUUGUUACAUUAAUUCAAACAACAAAUCAUCUUUUAACACUAUCAUCAUUAUCAAAUUCAUUUAAUAAUUCUUUUAUUAAUUAA